AUGACGGGCGAAAGCUCAGCAAGGAUUCAUUGGGGUCGCAGGGCGGUGCGCCGAGGACCUGUUCUCACAAAUCUACAGCCACAGCUUCAAGGCAAGCCCUCCCCACAGCCUCCGGUAGAACCAACUUACGAAUACCUUUCACUCUACUCUUCAAACGAAAUGAAAGAGGACAUUCUGGUGGAGGCCAUCGAUGCCUCCGACAAGUUCCCUGAGGAGACAAAACGGUAA